GUGGUGGUUCUCGUGGUGAGUACACCAGUGGAUGAUCGGUUUGCUGAAUGCAGUGUUUCAUGAUUUGAUCAUUGUUCUUAUUUAUUAAUAGAGACUACAUUUAUGUAAUUCCACAAGUGAAAAUAUUAACUCCAAAUGCAAAACAUGGUGACGUGACAGAAACGAGAAAUGGUUCGCUCUCUCCUCGAGAUCGCAUCGCGGUAUGUCGCUGAAAACAUUCAGUUGAUGGGGUACGAACUGAUUCAAGACUAUGUUCCUGGACCAUUAUUGUUAUCAAUCUUGCCACAUUUGAAUGUAUUUGAUUUGUACCAGCUUCAUGAUAUUGUGAUUUCAAAAGGUAUUGAUCCCCAAGUGUUUUGGAAAGAACAUGCAAUUAAAAGGUGGCCAAGAAGAUAUACACACGAGGGAAUCCAUUGGUUUUGGAAUGGAGUUCAACAUAUCGACUCUACGGCCGGCAAGCCAACUAACUGGCUGCAAACCUAUCUUUCGAACCACAUCAAUAAUAUUCUACGCAUCUAUUUUGUUUCAACAAGCAAGAUAGAUUAUGGAUCAUUCCUAACAGUAGUUUUCACCAACCCAUUUUCAGUUGUGGCUACUGCUAGAGAUGUAACAUUCACAGAAGUUCAUCCUGAGCGACUAAUCAGAAGUUUUCUCUCUGACUCUUCUAAUAACCAUCUAAAAAUAGAUGAGAAAAUGAUAGAACAUUUACUCAACUGUACCAUAGCUCUUGACUACUUGAAGCAGCAUUCAAAACGUUUAAGUCUAUAUCGUUGUCGCACCGACAGCGUACUUGAACUUGUCAAUGUACUGACUAGAAAUGGCGUACUUGAAGAACUACAUCUGAUAAACUGUUUUAUCAAAGAUGAAGUCAUUCGUCCGUUGUUUCUGAAAUGCUCCCCAACUAAUAAAUGUAAGGAUGGACUAUGUUGCCAUGGCAAUGCUUUGACAGUUUACAAGCCGGAAGAAGAAGUUGAUGAUUUGUUUGAUAUGGCUGUCGCUGGAGAUGAUGAGAGACAAAGUUGUGCACGAAAUAAACAUGUUGAUAUAAUUUACAAUUGCCAUGGAAAUAGAGGUUUUGAUGGGAAAGAGGUAGAAUUAUACGAAGGAUUAGAACCAUCAGAAGCUGUGUUCCCAGGGUUACGGUCAUUGGUGCUUCAAGGUGUUUGGAUAUCAGUUUCAGCCGCUAAGGUUUUAGGUCAAGAGUUAAAGAACUGGAACCGACUGACAGCUCUGACAUUGAAUUAUUGUCCCCACCAUAAGGACUGUGCAGUAUACAAGUACAUUUUACAAGGACUUAUAGACGGCAGUAAAAACAGUCACCUGACUCAUCUAGUUAUAUGUGACUAUGAUACGUUGCCAAAACUUCAAGUACUCCAACUUAUUCACUGCUAUACAAGGUGUGAAUCUGAAAGUGCAAGAUUCGUAAAGUUUGACCUAUCCUAUACAGAAUUGAGUUUUCUAGAAGAUGAAUCAUCAACUCUAUUCAGUCACAACAGUUUUGCUAAUGUGCAAACUCCGUUCAGCUUCGCUUAUAGCCUCAGCUUAGGAGGGAUGAGACUGAGAAGCCUUGAUGAUAUCACUGGCCUGUCAUUUAUGAUGAAACAUGACGCAGCACUACGUCAUCUCAACUUAAGUGACUGCUCUUUAAUGUAUGAACAGCUAAAUUGUGUAUUUCAAGCAGUGACUGAUUCUUAUCAAAUCGAAAGUUUGGAUGUGAGUGACAAUUCAUAUCAUCUUACGAAUGAGGAGACACAAGAUGAUAGUGGACUUGUUGCUAUGAUACAAAGUAGUUCCUUGGCAAGGCUAAAUAUCAAUCAUUGUAAACUUGGAAACUUGUCUAGUAGAUUGGUUGAUGCAUUACGACUGAAUACAAAUUUGAGAGUGCUAUGGAUUGCAGAGAACAGACUAGGUGACAGCAAUGUCAUUAAACUUGGCAGUGUUUUCCAAACUGAAGACAAUAAAUGCAUAUCAAAUAUUGAAGUCCUAGACAUCAGUUCUAACUGCAUUACCGCCAAUGGACUGCUACAGUUUGCAUCGUCACUGAAACCCAAGUGCAGUGAUAGGAAGCUAAGGGACGUCGCCGUGUAUGGCAACUGGUUCGGUAAUAACAAUGAAAAUGUUGCGCCAGUGAAGACCGAACUAGAAAAAUUGGUGAAUGUGGUAAGAAUGGCGUCUACUUUGCUGGCCACUGAGGGGUCUACUGCCGAACAUGCCUCACAGAUGUAA